AUGCCGACGACGGCCAUGGCAAAACGGUCGUCGUGCGUGCUGAUCCUCGCGCUCGCAGCGCUACUACUAGCCGCCGCCGUGCGCGUCGACGGCGGCGCCACGGCCGCCGCGCCGGCGCCGGCGCCGUCAGCGGACUGCACGGACGCGCUGGUGGGCCUGGCGGGGUGCCUGAGCUACGUGGACGAGGGGAGCACGGUGGCGACGCCCGACCCGACCUGCUGCUCGGGGCUCAAGGACGUGGUGCACAAGGAGGUGGCCUGCCUCUGCCAGGUCUUCCAGAGCGGCCAGAACUUGGGCAUCUCGCUCAACAUGACCAAGGCCCUGCAGCUGCCCGCCGCCUGCAAGGUCAAGACGCCGCCCUUCAGCAAGUGCCACGUUUCUGUUCCUGGUGUGCCCACCGCGUCUCCUGAUAGAUCUGUUGCUUUCCCUGGUUCUGAUGGCUUGGUCUCAAAACUGUUUGACGCAGUGCAUGUUAACAGACUCAUGCGUAUCGUAUUCGGUACAUUAGACUGUUAUAGAAUCAGUGCCUACCUAUAUUACUCAGUGGAUGCUUUGGUGGAUAUAGGCACCUCUGCUGCUGCCACAGCAAGGUCCCACCGUGCAAGACCACGAAAUAACUCCUCAUGUCGCAUUCAAAGUCCUGAUCCAGCGCAGUGUAGACAAAAGAGGAGAAAGCUCCUAAAGCAGCAUCGUCUUGUUUGGGGAGGUGUAGCUUCAGCAUAUAGUGCUAGCUUAGAGUGUGCUCAGUUCGAUGAUGAUUUCGUAGAGGCUCUUAAAGAUGGUCGCCCUCCAAAAUUUAUUCAGCUAUAUGUGUAUGAUACAUCAGCCGAGGUUGAGAACAGAAUUGCCUCAUUAGACCAUGAAGACACAACAGCAUCAGAUCUAGAUCCUACUAUUGUACAAUCUUUGGUUAAUAUGUUGGAUGAACAUGAUUUGUUUGCAAAGCAGUUUAGAAUGGCCAGGGACAGAUUAGCAGACAAUGAGGCUGAAGAUUUUGUCAUUCGCAUUGUUGGUCCAAAAGACGGAGAUCCACCUCAGUACAGUUUACCAACUACAGAUCAAUUGGCCAUGCUUGUGGUUGGUGAUUUUAGCUAUGAAGAAUUUGAGCGAGACAUUAUUGUGCAGAAACAGACAGGAGAUCUAGAUCAAAUCUCUGCUUUGCAUCCUGCUUUCAUGGUGCUUUGGUAUCCUCUGUUGUUUCCAUAUGCUGAACGUGGUUGGCAGACCGGUAUUUUAUACACUGGUGCCACUCAGUCAGCACAGAAUGCUCAUGUAAAGCUAACCAUACAAGAUUACUACUGCUACAUGUUCCACUAUCGAAAAAAUGAGCCCAAUCCUUAUUUAUGUUAUGGGCCAUUGUCAAGUCAGGCCAAGGUUGAUGCCCGGGCCUGCGUCGAUGAAAACAGACUGAAAUAUAUAGUGGAUCAUCAGGCUGAUAUCAGGAUGGAAAGUAUUCAAGGAAUAUGUGAUGCUAUUAGCAGAGGUUCCCAAGAAGGAAGUGAGGUUGGGAAAAUGACCGUGUUACCGGCAUCAUAUACAGGCGGUAGACGUUAUAUGAUACAAAAUUAUCAUGAUGGUAUAGCUAUCUGCCGAGAAUACGGUCCCCCUGAUUUCUUUGUUACAUUUACAUGUAAUCCUAAAUGGUUAGAGAUUUCUGAGGCUAUCUUUGAGCCUGGACAGAGGCCAAGUGAUAGGAAUGAUAUAAUUGUCAGAGUGUUCAACAUCAAGUUAGAAGAACUUCUGCAUGAUAUUAGAUGUGGUACACCCUUUGGACCUUGCAAUGCAGUGCUCCACACUGUAGAGUUCCAGAAACGCGGACUUCCACAUGCACACAUAAUCCUUUGGACUUCAAGAGAUACAUGUGAUCCAACUUAUGCAAUGAUAGACAAAUAUGUGUCUGCAGAAGUGCCUGAUCCAAGAAAUGAUCCGCUAGGCUAUGCUCUUGUUGCAGAGCACAUGAUACAUGGACCCUGCGGAGGCCUCCAAAUGGAUAACAGAUGGGUUGUUCCAUAUAACAUGUUCCUCCUUACAAAAUAUCAGGCACACAUCAAUGUUGAGUGGUGCAAUAAAACUACAUUCAUCAAGUACCUCUUCAAAGCUAGGGAUUACCUUCUGGAUGAACUUUCCACUCUUUUUUCUCAAAGUGGUAGGAACAUAGCUGAUUUCAACUUACCUCCAAAGACACAUGCUGAAUAUCCUGUUCAACACAAUCGGCUUGUCGAAGAAGAGCUAUCAUAUCCUGUUGAUCCAUUGAUUGACAUGAACAAUCCAACUGCUUUCCUUAAUGAAGAUCAAAGAAACGCCUUCUAUAAAAUAGUCCACAGAGUGCAACAGAACGAGCCCGGUUUUUUUUUUGUAUCAGGAUAUGGGGGAACUGGUAAAACAUAUUUAUGGAAUCGAAUAGUAGGCUAUCUCAGAGGACACAACAAAAUUGUUCUUACUGUGGCAUCUUCUGGGGUAGCAACGCUACUCUUACCAGGGGGACGGACUGCUCAUUCAAGAUUCAAAAUACCUUGCAAAGUAGAGGAUGAUAUGAUCUGUGAUGUUAGCAGGGGCACCAUGCUUUCAGAGCUUAUUGAACUUACAAGCCUUAUUAUUUGGGACGAAGCCCUUAUGGCUAAUAGAAAAUGUUUUGAAGCAUUAAACCGCACAUUCCGUGACAUAGAAAAAGUAAAAAACCCUGAGGUUGCAGAUAUUCCAUUUGGUGGUAAGGUUGUCGUGCUGGGAGGGGACCUCAGGCAGAUCUUACCUGUGGCUGAAGGAGGUACCAAACAAGGCACCAUCAGUGCUGCUAUAAUCACCUCAUGCUUGUGGGCUCAUGUAGAGGUGCUCAGCUUAAAUCAGAACAUGCGAUUAGUAUGUUCGCCGAAUGAUGCUUGCCAACAACAGGAGGUCGCCGUGUUCAGCAGAUGGAUAUUAGAUAUUGGCGAAGGUGAGGAUAAACUUGCAGCCAUUGUGCAAUCGGUAUAUCCUAACUUUGAAACCAGGUACAGAGACCCUCUGUACCUUUCUCAAAGGGCCAUACUAGCUCCAACAAAUGAACUCACAGAUACAAUAAAUGAGUACAUGGUUCCCUUAGUUCAUGGCAGAGAAAAGGAAUAUCUCAGUUCGGAUACUAUCGCUAAGGCCACUGCUCAACAUGAGGCAUAUGAUCUUCUAUAUCCUAUUGAGUUCCUUAACUCAAUUAGUGAUGUCCUUGGAUAUCUCAUUAAGUAUGAGGCAGCUCACACAUUUGUUCCAAAGAACAUUGAAAAGGCUAAAACACUGAGAGAAAUCUACAUUAAGGAUUUAGGUGAAAAUGUUAUGAAGAUUACCCUAUGGGGUGAGCAUGCCACAAAUUUCAGUAUCGACAACAUAUACGAUGCUACAGCUAGUAAUCUUAUUGUUUGCCUUAUCGUUGGUUGCAUACCCCAUGAAGAUUUCAAAAACAAUGAUAAAACAUGUCUAACUGGAAGCUCAGCUUGCGCUUACUAUUUCAACCCUACCAUUCCAGAUGCCCGUGCUUAUCACUCCAGGUUCAAAAAUACGCCAGUCUACAUCGACCGAUAUGUGCCGGAAGAAGAGGCGGUUCCAGCUUCGGUCGAAGACAUUCAACUACCAAAAAAAACUAUAGCUGACCUGAACCAUGUUGAUCCCUUUGAUGACAUGGAAACAGGACCAUAUAAAGUUGCAGUAACGAUUGUGUCUAUUACAAACACUACUAACUUGUGGUACCUAUUAUCAUUUAUUGCAAAAGAUGACACAGAUGAAGCACGGUUCUUUGCAUAUGAUGAUGAAGCGAGCAAAAUAAUUCAAAAAGACUACCAGGCAUUGGUGAACCCAUUGCAUAUAAAAGAAGGAUUGCCUCAGGCAAUGCACAACAUACUUAACAAGACAUGUGUUGUCAGUUGA